GUGACAACGUCCUUGUCCCCUCCAUCAACCACCAACUCGGCAAUCACAGCUUGAUUUUCUUGUCUACUUAGGCACCUGGCAUUUAGAGUAGAGUGCUACUCACUUGCCCUCAUACCAUGACAUGCAUUCAGAGCAGGAAAACACCCUGUUCUUAGCUGGUUAUGGUUCACUCUACUAGAGAGACUACCUACCAUAUGCCCUAAUUUAGACUUCAACAUUAUUUCACUAAUCCAUACUUACCACCGUUAAUAAUCGACCACAUCACCUUCAGCGACUUUCAUUUAUAUUAGACCAUAGCUAUAGUCAUACGGAUCCUGUCCCAAUAAUCCACAUAUAUACUUUUGUGUUUUAGUGAGGGGCGCGUCUAUAAGAAUAUCGCCACAUGUCAUCAGCUUAGGAUCAGGAUGGACGAUGCAAAUCUCAAUGAAAAUAUAGCUGAUCAUUCCGACGUUGUGGACCAUGUCUUCGAGACGAAACGAGAUGAAGGAUGGGAUGACAGAACACUUCAGACCGAUAAUCUCCAUCAUGACCAAGCCCGUUGGUGGUUUGCGUCUGCAGCAUUCCCAAUGAUCGCGGGCACGCUAGGUCCAGUCGCAUCGGCUUUCUCUAUCUGUGCUCUUGUCAAACCCUGGCGCCAACAAAUUCUUCCCGGAAAGGAUAUCACGAAUGCUAUCUUCAUCCAUGACCCACCAUGGCUUUUGGCUACCAAUGCUGUCCAACUUGUCAUUGCCAUCAUUGCGAAUCUCUUUCUUCUGCUUAAUAUGACGAAGAGAAUACGAUUUUCCGUAGCGCAACCUGUCACGUUCGCAGGGUGGUAUUUAUCAUCUAUCAUGCUCAUCGUCUUAUGCAGUACGGCUAGUGGCUUUCUUCUCUUGCAGCACGAAAAUGACUAUAUUUGGUCACAAGCUUUCUAUUACGGGAUAUUUGCUGCCGUUCUCUAUUUCAUCGUUGCUUCAUUAAUGGUCGUCACUUUCUGGGGGGCUCAUGCUGGACAUUUCCCUCGCGACUUUGAGCUCACUAUGAGCCAGAGGACCUUAAUGCUUCAAACAAUACUGUUCCUGAUGUAUUUACUUCUUGGAGCUUUGGUAUUCUCUCAUAUUGAAGGGUGGCUCUACUUAGAUGCCGUGUACUGGGCUGAUAUUACUCUGUUCACGGUAGGCUUUGGGGAUUUGCCUCUGAAAACGAACGUUGGUCGUGGUCUCAUGAUUCCCUACUCCUUGAUUGGCGUCACCACUCUCGGUCUCGUUAUCGGCUCAAUUCGUAGCCUAAUACUAGACAGAGGCAAAGUCAAGCUGGACGCUCGGGUGCUUGAAAAGAAGCGGCGUCGCUUUGUUCGGCGCCUCAACCGCACUGGGGAAAGCACAGCUCUGGAGCCCAUCGCGGAGAUAGAAUCGCUUGAUAUGGAGUUGGCACAUCGUCAAAAUGAAUAUCAUAUGAUGCGGAAAAUCCAGGAUCAAGCGUCGAGAGAGCGUAGGUGGAUGGCAAUGGGAGUGUCAACUAGCUGCUGGUUGGUACUCUGGCUUGUAGGUGCAAAGAUAUUCCAGGUAUGCGAGCAUCCGUAUCAAAGUUGGAGCUACUUUGAUGGUGUUUACUUCUCUUUUCAAGGGAUGGUGACCAUUGGAUACGGAGACAUCACUCCAUUAUCCAACGCUGCUAAGGCCUUCUUUGUUUUUUGGUCACUUCUGGCUCUACCCACCCUGACCGUUCUCAUCUCAAACGCCGGUGAUACCGUUGUGAAAGAAGUCCGAGAUCUCACAGUGUUUCUUGGUAAUAUCACCAUCCUUCCUGGAGAGCGUGGUUACAGGGUGGAUAUCAAGCGGUACUUAUCGAGGCUAUCAUUUGGCGUGCUAUUUUCGGAAGUCAAGCUCCAUCAAUCACCGCCAGGAUUUUUUGGUGCCACUGAACCGCACAGUGAGUCAGAUGGGGAUAAGGAAGAUGAAUCAUCUGCUCCAGAGGGCCAGUAUAAAGACGAAGAAAAGGGUGAGCUUGGGCCAAGGGUUUCCUCGCCGGGACAACAUACUGACGUGAGGCGAAAAAAUCCAAUAUUGUCAAAAAUCAGGAGCAUCAGGCAUCAAAUCACAAGGCCUAAAAAUAGGAGAGAAGACUCUUUGACUGGGGAAGACAUUCCCAACAAAUUGCCUUGGAGUCGUGACGAAUAUCUUCUUGUACUCGUUGCCGAGAUCAGAAGGGUGUCGCAUCAUCUACAACAUAACCCCCCACGGCAAUACACUUAUCAAGAGUGGGCGUUCUAUCUCCAUCUCAUCGGCGAAGAUGAGGACGACCCGUCCACACAUCGUAAUCCUUACAAGAUCCUUUACUCAAUCGACAACAAGAAAGUCCGCCAACCGACUCGACUACACAGUGACAGCGGCAGUGGCCGGCAGCAGCAGGCCAGAACGGAGUGGUCGUGGAUUGGGCGGCAUAGUCCCCUAAUGGAUCCACGCGAUGAAGCUGGUUGGAUUCUUGACAAGCUUACUCAAAAGCUGCAGAAGGAAUUGGCUGGGGUUACCAAGAGCGCAGAGGUGACGACAGGGCCAGAAAUGCUGGAGAGAUGCAACGGAAAACGCAUGACAAGUUCAGCCGAGUCCAGUGGCUCACAAGGCCAAACGCGUGUCACGGGCAAGCCUUAAACAUACACGAUAAAUAACUACAUAGGUUCGGGUCGCAAUAUAUCUCAGGCUUGGCACGGUAGGCCAAUACUAAGGGUGAUGGACAUAUACGACCUCGACCUCCGUA